GCAGACCGGGCCACAAAGCUCCUCAUCUCUCCCCGUGCCUGAGAUAGAGCCAGCAAACGUUUUUGCUUGCCUCAGGAUUACAGGAGGAGCAACAAGGAGAGGGAGAGCAAGCCUAGGCCGGCCGGCAUGGCGAGGCAAGCCCUGACCAACGGGUUCCUGAGCUGCUUCAUGCACGUGGGGCUGGCGCUGGUGCUCAUCGUCUACCUCCCCGUCGCCUUCCUCUGCCGCCUCGUCCACAGGCUGCUGGUCAGGCCAUUCUCCGCCGGCGAGGACCUCCGCGGCAAGGUCGUGCUCAUCACCGGCGCCUCCUCCGGCAUCGGCGAGCACCUGGUUUACGAGUACGCCAAGAAGGGCGCGUGCGUGGCGCUGGUGGCGCGGACAGAGAUAGCCCUGCGCGCCGUGGCGAAGGCGGCGCGCGAGCUCGGCGCGGCGGACACGCUCGUCGUGCCGGCGGACAUCACCAACGUGGAUGAGGCCAAGCGGGCCGUCGAGGAGACCGUCGCUCACUUCGGCAAAUUGAAUCACCUGGUGGCCAACGCAGGAGUGUGGUCCAGCUGCUUCUUCGAGGAGAUCACCAACAUAGCCGCCUUCCAUGACGUGAUUGAUCUCAACUUCUGGGGAGCCGUGUACCCGACCUACUUCGCCCUGCCCUACCUCAAAGCCAGCCGCGGCAACAUCGUCGUCACGUCCUCGGUCGCCGGGAGAGUCCCGACGGCCAGGAUGAGCUUCUACAACGCGAGCAAAGGCGCGGUGAUACGGUUCUACGAGACGCUUCGCGCGGAGCUGGGGUCGCACGUCCGGGUCACCAUCCUGGUGCCGGGUUACGUGGUGUCCAACCUCACAAUGGGCAAGGGCAUCCAGAAGGAUGGCAACGUCGGCUUCGACGAGGAGGCCCGCGACAUAAACGUGGGGCCGCUGCCGGUGGGGAAGACGGAGACGCUGGCGAAGGUGGUGGUGGCGAGCGUGCGGCGGGGGGACUCCUACGUGACGUGGCCCGGGUGGUACUGGCCGUUCCACAUGGUGAUGUGCGCCGCGCCGGAGCUCGUCGACUGGUUCUCGAGGGCCUUCUACGUCACCAAGUCCAGCGACAAGGACGGCCAGGCACUCAGCAAGAAGAUCCUCAUGGCCGUCGGCGGCAAGAAGUUCCUCUACCCCAAAACUAUCCGCUCCCAAGUCAUGACUCAAAACUAGCUAUACAGCCAUACCAAAUCAACGUGUGCAUCUGGUUGUGAGAUCCAUCGGUGCGCGCAUUCAAUUUCCGUCACAGCGUAUAUUUAAUCUGGGUCUUCUUUUCUUGACAUUUAGUCUCUAUGCGGAAGGGAUGUAUAUUCGGGUACACCUUCAUGGCGUUACAAAUCGGAAGGGACUUUGAUC